AUGCCUCUCGAUCAAUCCUGGCUCGACCUCGAAGCUGCUUCCGGCGGCCGAGCAAUUCUCAAAGGCUCACCGGAAGAGAUCAAGGCAAUGUACGCCGGCCUCGUAGCAGCCCUUGCUCCUCAAUUUCCUAAGCCUUCCGAGAAUGUCGAAAGCAAAGACGGUGAAGUCGACGGCAUUAAGUAUCGGCUCUACUGGCCAAAGAAUGCGUCUGGGAGUCUGCCGACCGCUAUCUGGACGCACGGUGGUGGCUAUAUGACUGGUGAUCUCGACUCGGAUGAUCUGUUGUGCAGAGUUGUAGCAGAGCAUACCAAUUCCGCGGUGGUGAACGUUGACUAUCGUCUCACGCCGGAGUACAAGUGGCCAGUGCAGUUGGAUGAUUGCAUGAAGGUUUACAAAUGGGCUCACAAGAACGCCUCGACCUUCCACGGCGACCCAAACAAAUUCUACACUAUCGGCGCCAGUGCAGGCGGUGGUCUGGCCCUCCAGAUCGCUAACGUCGUUCUCCGUGAUCCCGAGCUGAAGUCAAGUCUCAAGGGCAUCUGCGCAAUGGUCCCGUUGUCCGUUCAUCCCCAGAACGUGCCAGAGAAAUACAAGUCCAUGUACAAAGCCUACUCUGAGAACACCGACACCCCCAUCCUCACGGCAGAGAGCAUGGACAUCUUUUAUCACCACGCUGGUGCGGAUCCUAAAGACCCUGGGACAUUUGUCGGGCUUGCAGAAGAUAUACACAAGCAGUUUCCGCCGACUUACCUGACUAGUUGUGAGUUUGACCCUCUGAGGGAUGAUGCGAAAAUCAUGGAGAAGGCGUUGAAGGAUGCUGGGGUACCUGUCAAACACGACUUCUAUCCUGGGUUCCCGCAUUACUUCUGGAUCUUCCCAAGCUUGCCUGAGUCGCAGAAGUAUGUUGGGAACUUGCUUGGAGGGAUUGAGUGGGUCAAGGGACAGAUGUAG